CUGUUGCUGUUGUGAACGGAGAGGAGGCGACGUUUAAACGUUGCGAACGAUGACAGCACAACCUCCAUAUAGCCUUUGCCUCGCCUUGUCAACAGUGAUUCUGUACAUCUUAGCUAAGCCAUUAUAAACAAAAGUGUAUCAAAGAGGAAAUUGAUAAACUAAAUCAAAUUUGACGCAAGAAGAGUGGUAGUUCACGUCAGGUUGACGAGGCAGGGUUCUAUCUUACCAAUGCAGCUGCUCUUUGAUCAGUCUCGCUUUCAGCUUUUGAACGUCUCUCGCUACCGCCACCUGCCGGAUGAGAGGACUUGUGCUCCCCUUUCAGUCUGUUGCUAGGAGACAGAGCGCUGCGCUGUUGCUCGGGAUCAGGUAUACUGAAGCAGUCAGUGGAUUUUGGAAAUGUAAAAACAGGCGUAAAAAUGUUGUUUGACGACAGGAAAACGGGAUGACUUCAGAGGCUCCCGCUAUCCGCGAUAGGCAGAGUUUUCUGAACACAUAUUUUCCAGCCAGGAGAUCACAGAGAGGAAUGAAAAAAGAUGCUGCUCGCUUGCUUUUGGCUGACAGGAAACCAGAGCAGCGGAAGAACAUGAAAAUGCAGAGAAGGAUGACGGAGACUCAUAGGGAAGGUGAACACACAGAGGCUGCUACUCCAGGUGGGAUCACAUUAGAUGGACGCUUCUUGCUCCAGUUACACUGUGUCGACGAGCCGUCUCAGCUCUGCUCUGUCGACAUCAGUGAGCAGAAACUGAAUUCUGUCGAGCCAGAAGAGCUCAAGGCCUUUGAAAACGUGGCCUACGUCGACGCGUCCGAUAACUUCCUCUCUUUAGGCUUACUCGGCUGUUUCGCAUCUUUGAGAGAACUCAAUCUGUCUUUAAACAGAAUCAGCAGCCUGGUGUUUGAUGCUGCCCAGUUCCACCACUUAGAGGUAUUAGAUUUGUCCUACAACCGUUUACCAUCUAAGGACUUGCCAUCCCUCGGUCAGAUCCCACGUCUUAAAACUCUUCAUCUGACUGGAAACCGGCUCCGCGGUCUUCCUCCCAACUUCGGAGGCCCGCACAGUGACCAGUCUCAUCCGCCGUCUGAAGACGGAGCCAAACAGUUCGAAGCUCUCGAAGCCCUGAUGCUCGACGACAACAGACUGACCUCUGGGGUCUUUCACAGCCUUAGAAACCUUCAGAGGCUGAAGCAUCUGAACCUACAGGGGAACCGUAUUUCUGAAAUACCUCGUAUGGGAGCGGGGGAGAGUUCAAAACCUGGGCCGAUAUCUGCUUUGAGGCAAGGCGAAGAGGAAGCCCACGCUGAGUCUAAAAUCAACCCCUAUUUUAAAGUUGUGGGUUCCUUUGCCGCAGACAGGGUGGACGGCUGCGGGGGUUCCAGUCUCUUCCUGCCUAAGCUUCAACGCCUCAGCCUCGGUGACAACCAGAUCGCCUCUGAGGAAGCUCUGGUUCCUGCCGCUCUUUUCCCGAAGCUUUGUGAAUUAGACAUUCACGGCAAUCCUUUAAUCAGACAGAAGAGAGGAGACACGCCUUUACUCACCUAUAACCUCCAAGAGAGACUUGGGAUAAAGAUAAGGACAACGAUGGCUGAAGAUUUUGUGAUGAUUGAGGAAAACUACCCAAAGCUGCCACAGAGGCCACUUAUACUGGAUGUAAUGCGUGUGAACAAAAGUAGGCGGAGAGAUCAGAGAACAAUACGAUCUGUGGACAAGACUAAAAACAAAUGUCAGCAAAAUGCAAAGCGCUUCUUUAUUACUCAGGCAGAAGAUGAAGCCGAGCUUCAGCUUGAUUCUUCACCUACUCAGACAGAACCUGCACAGAACAAACCGGGGAACAGAACCGGUCCAGGACAAUCCACGGGCUACGACCUGAUAAUGGACGCAAAACCAGUGCCCUAUAUCGGAAUUCAAACAGCUGUUUGGAUGCUGGAGCGAGCACUGAGGAAUCCGAACGUCUACAGAGACUCCAAACCAAGACUUGAUAGCAUCCAGACACCACACAGAGAACUGAAAAAGAGGAUAAAGGAGCUGCCGCCUCUGAGACCGAUAAAGCAGCCGUCUCAAAGGGCUGAGGAACUGAUCAAGGAAAUAGAAGGGAGGACGACGGUAAAAGUUGUGGACUUGGGCAGUGCCAUACGCAGCAGAGACGUUAAUAGGGAGGAUUAUAAGGAGGCUCUGUUUCUGCUGAGGGAUAUGAAGAAAAAGCACAAGAUGGUCCAUGAGAAAACAAUGGAGCAAGAAGCCAGAGUUCAGGUGGAGCAACACAGAGCCGAACCUCCGCCUCUGUAGAUGCGGCCUCCUGCAGGAGCUUCGGCGGCCCUCAUUUUGAGGAGAGCUCCACCCUGAUGGUGUCGCCAUGUGUGGAGCGGGUGAAAAUAAACCUCAUGUCAAAGAGUCGAGUGUUUGUUGAAGCAGGAUUUGACAACAAAGACAGAUUCCUCACGGCUAACAAAGAACACGGUGAAGCCGUACAGUAGUAUGGAGCUUCAGCUGAAGCUGUAGAGACGAGUCUGCAGUUGUGACUUCAUCUGCCGAAAAUGUAUUUAGCUGUCUUCUUCUGACGGUUCCGGACAGCUGCCUGCACCACGGCUGCAACCGCAGAGAAGCCACCAAACAGACAUCCUAAACACAAAGCAGUACUCACUUAAGUACACUAAAAAGGUAGUUAUUUAUCUUUCAACCAAAAAGUUGUUUUUUUUUUAUCUGUUUUUUUUUUUUUUUGCAUUUGGAGCAAUAUUUUUAACCUUUGACCUCUUCUGUCUCAUACCAUACGUUAAAAAGAAACUCAUAGAAAGCAGGGAAGCUUUUUCCUCCGAGGUCUGCAGACCCAAUCAAGAUUAUUUUAAUCUGGUAUUUGUUAUGAUUAUAAUGUCUUGUCGGUUGUACGUUAUACUCCAGCCUAAUUAUUCAUAGCCCGUUUUAGCCGAACGGAGCGCACAGAUGCCUUGGAGCUGGAAGCGGUUGAGACUUUGAACAGACCUCUGCGCAGCUCAGUAUGAUUUAUGAUCCACAUUACCGAAAACAAUUCCACUUUGGGUUCUAGAAAAUUAACAAAGACGCCUUACGACUACAAAAACCUCAAACCUCAUGUGUCUGAUUAUAACAGGGCUUUAUUGCGGCUAUCUUAAUUUUCCAGUCGUGUUCUGCUCUCACUGUUCUUUCACUGUUUGAUUUCACAGCUCUGUUGCUCAUAUGAUUCCCAUUAUUUGUCUUCUGAGCAGCUUGCAGAUGUGGAAUGCACAUCCAACCUCAGCGGGAUAAAUCAGUCGUCAGUCGUCAGGGUAUUUCAAGCGGGGCUUUGCAUGUAUGCGUUCAUAUUGGGAUAUUUAGCUUCCUGGGUUUGCAGUGAAUGAUAAAUGACUAAUGUAUGCCAAACAGCGAGUGAACUGCUUAAUGUGAACAACUGCAACAAAUACCAGCUACUUUACAGUAAAAGGUAGCGUUCGUUACAACAGUGAGUUUUAUUAGUUACAAUCCGAUUGGUCUCAAAACUUGUCAUUUAAAUUGAUUCUUCGAAUUCUUUCAUCUUUUCUUCUGACUUAACCACAGAACUUAAAAAUUAAAAAGAUAUCAUACAUUUAUUAGGGGGGAAAAAAUCUACCUGAAAACACGAUCCAAUCUGUUCUAUUUAAUUUCUACUCACUACUAAUGAAUUAGAAACUAAAGAAAAUAAGGACCUAAAUUUCUUACCAGGACAAAUGAUUAAAAUGUGGCACCAUGCACUGUUUAUUGAGGAUGAAUUAAAUUAAGCAAACAAUAAAAGCUGAUAAAAGAUCCAACUAUUGUCAAAAGUCACUUUGCAUCUCUGAUGUUGAGAAGGUGACCGGCUUCAACCUAAUCUUACCACCAUGGUAAUCUUUCAUCAUGUAGGACAGAUUUCUUUUUCUGCACAGGAUUUUUGAAUGUCUGGAGGCUCCUCAGUUUUGGACUUUGGGUGAUGCAUUUCAAAAGUUAAUGAAGGUUGAUGAAGUUGUGAUGAAACCACAACAGUACCAUAGAGCUUAACACAAAAAUAGAUGACUUGGAUUAGCCUACAAAGGGCAACAAAAAUGAAUUGCAACGUAGUCACCAAAAAGUGAUCAAGCCUUGAGACUGGGUCUGGUCCAGAGUCUUUUGUGGACAAAAAUUUCCUGAGAGGUCAGUUGGGUCUUUCUCCCAUCACAUCACAGCUUCUUGGCAGCAUCAGCAUCCAUAACAAGCGACUUACUAGUCAAUUCAACUUUCGAACUGUGGCAAAAAUCUGCUCGUAUUGCCAAAAUUAGAUUUUUUUCCUAAUAUGUGAG